CACCUCACACAGGCCAACCCCGACAACCUCAAUCUGAACCCCAAUUCCAACCCAACCCACCUCGCACGCACAAAUACAACCCACAAAAUGGGCUCCCACGCCCCCGCGAACCACCCGAUCCCAACCCACCUAACAAGAUGGUACAUCGACACGCGCGACCUAACAAACAGCAUGAACCCUGCGCUCCCACUACUGAGCACACUACAACCAAGCGAACAAGACACAAUCCAGCGAUUCCACCACCUAAAAGACAAGCACAUGUCGCUGGCCUCCAACCUCCUGAAAUACCUCUUUAUCCACCGCAGCUGCAAGGUACCCUGGGACAGAAUCACGCUCAGUCGGACGGCGGCCCCGCACCGACGGCCAUGCUUUAUUCCCAGUCCUACGCUGCUGGAAGAGUACAGCAGUACGACGACCACCACGGUUGACAACCCCGAUAAUCCAGCAAGCAACCCCAGCUCCACAAAAAAAACCAUCCCAAAAAUUGAAUUCAACGUAAGCCACCAGGCCUCCCUCGUCGCAUUGGCCGGAACCACCAUCUCAACCGCCGAGGAAGAGCUGCCGCAAGUCGGCAUCGACAUCACCUGCACCAACGAACGGAAUCCAACCAGAGAUAAAACCAAGACGCCGCGACAGACGUUCGUCGAAUACGUUGAUAUCUUCACGGAGGUGUUCUCCUCUGAGGAGAUUCGGCAGAUUAAGGACGAUGUUGUGCACCUCCACCAUCACCAGGACCAAGAUCACAAGGAAAGAAAGGCUGGAAAAGGGGUGGAGGAUAGCUAUCGGGUUUUCUACGCUUACUGGGCUCUCAAGGAGGCGUAUAUCAAGAUGACGGGUGAGGCGCUGCUGGCGCCGUGGCUGCGGCAGCUCGAGUUCGGGAACGUGGUUGCCCCGGAGCCUGUGCCAAGGCGGGGCGAGCGGCGGGUUGGGCUGCCGUAUCGCGGGGUACGGACUACGCUGGAUAAGAAGAGGGUAGAGGAUGUUAGGGUUGAGCUCGUGGCGUUUGAGGAGGACUAUCUGAUUGCUACCGCGGCCAGGGGGGCGGGUAUCGGGGCUGGGAGUGGGCAUGGCGAGGGAGGGGAUACGUGGGAGGCGUUGCGGGAGAUUGACAUUGAACGGGAUGUGAGGCCGUGUGCUGAAGGGAGAUGUCGAUGUCUGGAGUAG